AAGCACGGCAUUACCAGUAUACCAUGCCGCCGCGGACGGGAUACUGCCGGACGGGCAUCCUCGCCGCGGCGCUGAUUUUCUGCGUGUGCGUCAGUUACGUCGAAGCAAGGAAUUGUACAGGAUGUGCAACGAGGCCAUUAUGCCUCUGCGAUCGUUUGAAAGGUGAAGUUGGUGACAUUGGCAGACCUGGCAUUUCCGGCAUUGCUGGAAGUUAUGGUGACAUCGGCUAUCCCGGCCCAGCUGGGCCCAAGGGUGAGAAAGGUGCCAGUGGUGAAGCUGGUGCUGUGGGCGAAAAGGGUUAUCGAGGAGAUGAAGGUCUGCAAGGAAGCGUAGGUCAAUCCGGGUCACCUGGUAUUCCUGGCAUACCAGGUGUCCGUGGUGCUUCGGGACUUGAUGGCUGCAACGGAACCGACGGAGCAAUGGGUAUACCAGGUGUUCCAGGUUAUCCUGGUAGACGAGGUGAUUCAGGUGAUUUUGGUCCACCUGGGCCAACUGGCGAACCUGGUGAUGGUGGCGGAAACUCCAUUGGAACAAAAGGUCAAUGGGGUGAUCUGGCUGCAGAUGGGCCUCCCGGUUAUGAAGGUCCCAGAGGACCUAUAGGUCCACCUGGACCUCGAGGAAUACCUGGAGAACAAGGAUACGAAGGUCUAAAGGGUCCAAUUGGUAUGCCCGGAGAACCUGGUGCACAAAGCUUUGGUCUUAAGGGUUUGUUCGGAGAUGAUGGUGACCAAGGUGACGCAGGUGAACCCGGCGAACCAAAUUCUGAUACGAGCGAAUUAGUACAUAACGUUACGCAUGGAGAUCUUAAAGGAUUUCCCGGUGAUAAGGGUUAUCUGGGUGAGGUGGGAGAUCGUGGUAGAAUAGGAAUGCAUGGAGAACGAGGUGCUCAAGGGCGACCUGGUUUACCAGGUUUCCUUGGGUUAAAAGGCGAACCUGGAAGCGAUGGGCCACGUGGUAAACAAGGUAAAAUUGGUCCGUUUGGCCCAAGUGGAGAAAAAGGCGACAAAGGAGCGCCUGGAUACGAGGGGCCUUCGGGAGGAAAUGGUACAAAAGGUAUGAGGGGCGAGCCUGGUCGUGUGGGUAUUCCUGGUGUUCAGGGAAUGGAAGGUGAACCUGGAAUAUACGAUGAAACUUUGAGCGAAUCGCCGAUUGGUGUUGCUGGAAAACAAGGAGAAAUUGGUUAUAUGGGCGGUAUUGGACCAACUGGAAUACCCGGGCGUCAAGGUCUUCCUGGACCCUUAGGCCCGCCUGGCUUGCCUGGUCCAAAUGGUAAUAGAGGAGAACCUGGAAAGAAAGGGCAAUCAAUUAAAGGUGAAAGAGGUGAUGAUGGAAUUCCCGGGCAUCCAGGGCCCCCAGGUUUAAAUGGACCUCCCGGGCCCAUUGGACCAACUGGCGAGAAAGGAUUUCUUGGGUUAGAUGUUUCCGGUCCUCCUGGCCCUGAUGGUAUUCCAGGCGCAUUUGGAAUUCCUGGUCCUCCUGGUGAUAGAGGAGAUAACGGUUUUAAUGGACCUAAGGGUUAUCCUGGAUUAACAACUUCAAAGAUUAGGGGACCCCAGGGAGAAGCGGGAAUGCGUGGUUUGCCCGGACCUAUGGGUGAUCAUGGAAUUCCUGGUCGUGAUGGUUUACCCGGACCAAAAGGGCGAAGAGGCGAUGACUGUCCAUUCUGUCAUUCAGGCGGCCCGGGAGAAAAAGGGGAUAUGGGUGAGGUAGGUCGCGUAGGAUUAAAUGGGUUCAUGGGUUAUCCUGGUUUGCCAGGCCCACGAGGUCCAAAAGGAGAGAGUGGCAAGCCAGGCCCGUCCGGUAUUCCUGGAAUGAUGGGUACAUCGGGUAGUAGAGGCACUGAAGGGGCACCCGGUCUUAAAGGUCCUAAAGGAAUGCUUAUUAUGCCAGCUAGACCUUUUACAGAAGCCGCGGAAAAAGGUGAACGAGGUUUUCCGGGAAGGCAAGGAGCCCGGGGAGAUACAGGAAAAGAGGGUUGGCGAGGACCGCCAGGUAUGAAUGGUUUCAAAGGAGAGAGAGGAGAGUACGGUUUUUCAGGAAGACCAGGAAAUGACGGCAUGCCUGGAGUUGAUGGAUUACCAGGGCUUAGGGGUGAUUCCGCAACAAUGCCUAAAGAAUUUUUGCGUGGUGAUAGUGGAUUAAAUGGAUUGCCAGGCGAUAUUGGCGACGAAGGCGACUGGGGCUAUCCGGGAGAACCAGGUGAUGCUUCAGAAUUCACUGCAAACUUUACUGGCGAUAUGGGUGUGAAAGGACAACCUGGUGAGCGAGGCUUUAACGGUUUAAACGGGUUGAAAGGUGAAAGAGGCAACAAAGGUUAUGGGGGAUUACCAGGUAUACCUGGACCGGCUGGAGUUUCUGUUGCUGGUCCAGUUGGUCUUAAAGGUCAUCCUGGUCUUACGGGUGAUCAAGGACCCCAAGGUAUUCCGGGCAAACCAGGUUCUCCGGGGCUAAUUGGUUUUAAUGCACUCGAUGGAAGGAAAGGAAUUAGAGGAGAUCCUGGUUUGAGUGUUCUUUAUGGCGAAAUGGGAAUUGAGGGAAGGCCAGGUGAAAAAGGGGAGGUUGGUUUUGAUGGUCCUGAAGGCUUCCCCGGAUUACCAGGUAUUCAUGGAAUUAAAGGAGGAAAAGGUGAGAAAGGUGCACCUGGAAGAUUUGGUAUCGACGGGCCUCAGGGUUACAAAGGGCAAAUGGGUGUAAUCCUCGGAGGAUAUCCAGGUGCACCUGGUUUGCCUGGUGAGCCUGGUAGACCAGGUGAAAUAGGUGAAAUGGGACCACCAGGAGAAGACGGAGCAACAGGACCUCAUGGCAUUAUUGGCAUUCGUGGAGAUAUUGGUCUGCCUGGUGCACCUGGUUUUCCAGGCGAUGUUGGUAUGCCGGGAUUUGAAGGAAGACCUGGAUUCAGAGGGCGAGAUGGCAUGCCUGGAUUGCCUGGUGAAGUUGGCAAUAUUGGUAGAUCUGGUCCAGAAGGAGAACGGGGAGAUCAAGGUUUGACUGGUUUGCAAGGCAGUAGAGGCUUGCGUGGUGAUCCAGGAUAUCCUGGACGACUUGGUCUUGAAGGUAUGCCAGGGUAUCCGGGAGAAAUUGGUGAGCCGGGUUAUGUUGGUUUAAAAGGUGCCAAGGGUGAUUCCUCGUUUAGCGGCUCUAAAGGAGAUGUAGGUGAAUACGGGUUGCAAGGCAUUAUUGGACGACCAGGUAACCCUGGUUUUGAUGGUGCCAAGGGAGAGCAGGGUCAACCUGGGCAAACUGUAUUUGGUUUAGUUGGAGAAAAGGGAGAGUACGGUAUGCCUGGCUCUGUUGGGUAUCCUGGUAUUCCCGGAAAUAAGGGCGAGGCCGGUGAUUAUGGCCACAUCGGACCAAAAGGCAUUCAAGGCGAAACCGGAAUUAUGGGUAUAAGAGGAUUACCAGGAAAAACUGGUUUAGAUGGAUUUAAGGGUAUGAUGGGUGAUCACGGGCAGCCAGGAGUUAGAGGACCAAAAGGAACACAGGGGAUGAGUGGCGAACCUGGAAUAAUGGGAAGACCUGGACUACCGGGAGAUGUAGGACCUGCAGGAGAAGUAGGUUUAAUGGGACCAAUAGGACGUAAAGGAUUGCAGGGUUUGCCAGGUAUCACAUCUUUUGGUUUUGCUGACAAGGGUGAUGUUGGAACACCUGGUAUGCCUGGCUUACCGGGGGUGAAAGGCCCGCCGGGCGAUACUGGAUUUCCAGGUAUGAUUGGUUUCAAAGGCGAGCGUGGCGCAAUUGGUCCAGUGGGUAUGCCAGGUGAUUUUGGCUUGCCUGGAAUCAAGGGUUAUCGCGGUGCGCCCGGUAUGCCAGGAUUAAAUGGUGUCCCUGGACAGAAUCCCGAGCCGGGUGCAAUUGGCGCUGCAGGUUUUCCCGGUUUGGAUGGUCUUAAUGGAAGAGCAGGUCAGAAAGGUGCUCCAGGAGCUUACGGAGAUGAAGGACAGCCAGGUUUACCGGGCCUACCAGGCGUAGGCAUACCUGGAUUUAGGGGAAUGAAAGGCAAUGAUGGAUAUCCUGGUGCAAACGGCGAAAGAGGAGAUCCAGGCUUGCCAGGUUUAGAAGGUCGUCCUGGACUUAAAGGAGCUCGUGGUUUAAUUGGUGACGCCGGAUUUUCGGCUAGCAGUUUUAAGGGUCAAAUGGGUGAAAUUGGGCUACCAGGCCCCGCUGGUAUUCCAGGUACUCCGGGUGAACCUGGAAUGCCUGGAAGGCCUGGUUCGCGUGGUUUACCUGGAUCUCAAGGUAUGAUUGGGUUGUCUGGAGACCGGGGGUUACCUGGCAUCGAAGGUCUCCCUGGUUACAAAGGCCCUAAAGGUGAGCGUGGUGAUGCUUUCGGUGGCGGAUGGUUGGGUAUGAUAGGCGAUAAGGGUGAACCUGGUUUUGAUGGUUUACCUGGACUUCAAGGCCAAUCGGGGCGACCUGGUGUGCCAGGCAAGAAAGGUCUACCCGGUUUUGAAGGAGCACCAGGUCUUUCUGGCGCUAUUGGUUUGGCUGAAAAAGGAAUGCAAGGGGAUUAUGGAGCACGUGGUCUGACCGGACAGCAAGGAGCACCUGGUUUACCAGGCCCAACCGGAGACCCAGCACCACCGGGUCGUCCACCACCCAGUCGCGGAUUUUUCUUUACACGCCAUUCGCAAAGUGAACAAAUCCCCGUGUGUCCUGCGGGCACAACGAAAAUGUGGCAUGGCUAUUCAUUUUUGAAUGUAGUUGGAAAUACUUAUGGACAUGGACAGGAUUUGGGAACUGCGGGUAGUUGCCUGACAAGAUUUAGCACUAUGCCUUUCCUUUUCUGCAAUAUUAACAACGUUUGCAAUUACGGGCAAAGAAAUGACUACAGUUAUUGGUUGACCACGAUGGAGCCUAUGCCGAUGACAAUGGCCUUGAUUCCAGCUGAAGAGGUUCAGAAAUAUAUAUCCAGGUGUACUGUUUGUGAAACUACUACAAAGGUCAUCGCAAUGCACAGUCAGAGUAUGGUUGCUCCAUCGUGUCCGGGCGGAUGGGAAUUGAUGUGGCAAGGAUACAGCUUUAUUAUGCACACCGAUGUUGGUGCUGAAGGUUCUGGUCAGCCGCUGUCUUCUCCAGGUUCUUGUCUUGAGGAGUUCCGCGCAAGACCUUUCAUUGAGUGUCAUGACAACGGCAAAUGUAAUUAUUACCCCACAGCACUUUCUUUCUGGAUGACAGUCAUAGAAGAUAGAGAAAUGUGGUCUCGACCCCGCUCACAAACCCUCAAGAGUGGAAUGGACAUUACAUCUAAGGUAGGCCGCUGUUCGGUAUGUCGUCGUCAACAAAUCAGCAGACAACAAAUACCACCUAGCGAAGUGCGUCAAGCAUCUAAUUCAUUCGGACGCCAAUCGCACACAUCCGGAAAUGUCCAAGGCUAUGGCCAGCAAGGAUAGGAUAUGGUCAACAGGGAUAUGGUCAGCAAGGAUAUGGCCAGCAUGGAUAUGGUCAGCAAGGGUAUGGUCAGGCCGGACAGCGCCGCGUACAGCAUCGUACCCGACAUCGUGAUGGAUUCCGACAGGGCGGGCAAAGUCGACCACGCCAAUUGUACCAAGAUGGCCGCUCUACACCUGCGUCAUUUAAUUAAUACUUUAUCAACAUAAACCAAGCAGUGCCAUAUAAUUACUACUUAAGUUAUGCAUUCAGAGCGAAAUUUUUAUGUAAAAAGUAAUCUAAAAGAGAAAAUGUGUAUAUUAUAAAUAUAGUUUUAAUUUAAUUGUUAUUUUUAUAUUAACUAAUGUUAAUGUUAACAGAAUGUGUUCAAUUUAUAAAUUGUAAAAACUUUCCUAAUUUACGAGGCAAAUAAGUCAACGCUCGCAACAAACAUCAAAGAUUGUAAUAUCGAUAUGUUACUAGACAUACUACUACUGCCUAUACAAAUAAAUAAAAACAACGUAACUACUUAUUCAAAUUA